CCAUGAAGCGUCAGGCGGUUCGUCACCUAAGGGGAGCGCUGGCGCACCCCCAAGCUCCUCGAUCUUCAUCUGCGUCUGCGUCUGCGUCGUCGUUGAAGAACCUGGCACGAUGCUAUUCCACACAUCCCCCGAAUGCGAGGCUGAACCUGCCCAUUGACUACUCGACAACGCCUCUACUGGCUCACACCUCUGCCCUUGCCAAGCGGAACCCCGAGAUCCCCGCGGACGUCCGCCAGGGCGCCACCAAGAAGAUGAACCUCUUCCAGGCCAUCAACGACGCCCUCAACAUCGCCCUGUCCGAGGACGAGACGGUGUCUGUGUUUGGCGAGGACGUGGCCUUUGGCGGCGUCUUUCGCUGCACCAUGAAGCUCGCAGAGACACACGGGUCCGACAGAGUCUUCAACACGCCGCUGACGGAGCAGGGCAUCCUGGGCUUCGCCAUUGGCAUGGCUGUCGAGGGCAUGCGACCGGUUGCCGAGAUCCAGUUUGCCGACUACGUCUUCCCCGCCUUUGAUCAGAUCGUCAACGAGGCCGCAAAGAAGCGCUACUACGAGGGCGCCAACAACCGGAGUGCUGGGGGCAUGACGGUUCGCAUGCCCUGCGGAACUGUCGGUCACGGCGCCCUGUACCACUCGCAAUCCCCCGAAGCCUUGUUCACGCACGUUCCCGGAAUGCGCGUCGUCAUGCCCCGGUCGCCGUUGCAAGCCAAGGGACUGCUGCUGGCGGCCAUCCGCAGCAACGACCCCGUCAUCUUCAUGGAGCCCAAGAUCCUGUACCGAGCUGCGGUGGAAGAGGUCCCCGUGGCGCCGUACGAGCUGCCCCUGUCCAAGGCCGAGGUUCUGAAAGAGGGCAAGGACGUGACCAUCAUCUCGUACGGCCAGCCGCUGUACAACUGCAUGGCGGCCAUCAAGCAAGCAGAGGAGGAUCUGGGCAUCUCCGUCGAGCUGAUUGACCUGCGCACCAUCUACCCGUGGGACAAGAAGACAGUGUUUGAAAGCGUGCAGAAGACGGGGAGAGUACUGGUCGUCCACGAAUCCAUGGUGAAUGCGGGCGUCGGUGCCGAGGUUGCUGCCGCCAUCCAGGAAAACGCAGCCACGUUCAACAGGCUCGAGGCUCCUGUAGCCCGUGUUGCCGGAUGGAGCAUUCACAAUGCGCUGAUAUUUGAAAAGUUUCACGUUCCGGAUGUUGCAAGAAUCUACGACAACAUUAAGAAGACGGUUCAAUACUAA